GCUGCACUCGCAGUGCUCCAACGUUCUUCUUCGGGCAUCAGCGAGUGCGACUAACCGUCUCACAACAGCAUGAGCCCUCUCACGACCUGCGGUUACUAGCCCAGUGUGGAUAAUUACAGAUCUGGACAAUUGAAAGCGUUAGCGGGGUACACAAGAAUUCAUAACUUGGUCCCUUGUUUCAUCAAUCGAACGUGGUGUAAGCUAAAUACUUGAUACUCAAGUAUUUCACCUGCGCCAGGAUGCGCUGACGAUGGCUUACAACAAUACCCACUUCAGCGCUUUCCAGUAUGCGUCCACGUCUACCGCCGCACCGCCACAGCCACCCCGAUCUGGACGGCAACUUGCACAACGGCACCACUAUCUGAAUCACAAAGUCUCCGACCUGUCAGACGGUCUGUACGACGGCGCUGCGUCGCCCGCCGGCCUCAGGGGUCGCGAGUCCCUCGUAUCACUUCAGUCGUCGUACGAAUCAGCCCGCCCAAACGCCGCCGCGGACGACGCUACCGCUGACGAUAGUAGCGCAUACGACCUAGGAUCCUCGUGGUCCGUCCCUUUCGUCGGAUCGGGCGGGGGCCGGUACCAGCCCAUUUCGUCGUCUGGCCGUUCUGACUCGAAUUACGCUUAUCGUUUCAAGAGCUUUCGUGCAAGGGCCAGAGACAGGGACACCAUCUAUGAAGACGACAGUAUCGACAUGUCACUACUCAACCACGCUGCGCGACCUGAACGCUCUAAUGCUAGCCAUAGCCAAAGCCAUAUUCAUGGUCCAUCCGCGUCCAUCUCUGGUAACGAGCCGGCAUCACCCGCCGUCGACAUAACGUCCUUCGAGGGCCCGAUGUGCGCGGAGAACCAGGAAUUCUUCACGUCACUACAGGCCGCGCAAGAAGCCAGCGGUCAACUCACCGGCGGGCUUGGCUCAGGUUUGGAAACCCCUAAGGCUAGGAUCGACGGGGCCCAGCUCGUGGCAAGCUCGCCGCUGAAGCGUAGCUUCACGCGCACUUUCUCUAUGCGCAGAUCGCCAGCGUGCGCGGAUCUGCACGCCAACUUGAAGGUGUUGGGACAGAGCGAGGCAAAUCGCAGAGGCGAGGUGAUCGAAGUCGUGAUGGAUGAGGAAAGGGAGGAGGAGAUGGCCGAUGUGGACAUCAGCACGAUGGUUGGCCCAAGUUCGGCGCGCUUGGAUCACGACCGCGAUCACAUACGUAAUUCGGUGCUCCCGAGGCGGGAGAGGAAGACGGAGGUUUUCUACCCGCAGCCCAAUUGGAAGCCGUUUUCCAUGAGGUGGCCGUACUUGACGUGGUUAAUUCUCCUAUCCAUCGGACUUGCCAUUGCCCAGGAGAUUCUUUAUCAGAGAUCACUCCAGGAACCUCUGGUCGAGUUCCAACGAGCUACAGAUUUAGGAGCCGGUUAUUACUUUAUUAUCAAAUUCGUGCCCACGAUCAUCACCGUCACUUUCGGCGUGUUAUGGCAGAACACCGAUUUCGAAGUAAAGCGACUUGAAGCUUACUAUCAACUCUCGAAGGAAGGAGGAGCGCUGGCGGCGGAGUCGAUUAACGUCAAUUACAUCACCCUUUUCAAUUUUGGGAGGCCUUUCUUAGCUCUGCAGCGUAAACACUACGCUGUAGCCGUAUCCUCUAUCGCCACCAUCCUCGCCGUCUCCCUAGUCCCUACGCUCGGCUCUGCUGCCCUGGUCGUGUCGGAAGUCGUGCUCGAUAAUGGCAUUACUGAGAAAGCUAUUAGCAUCAACCCGGUUUUAUCGCGCAUCUUGACCAUGACAUUCUUCGUCAUUGCCGUGUUAGGCUGUGUUCUCUUCUACCAGCUUAAUACGCGACGCUCGGGUCUGUCGUCAGAUGUAAUGGGAAUCGCCGGACUGGCGUCUAUGGCCGUCGCAAGUCAUAUCAUGAUGGAUUUCAAAGAUAUGGACGUGGCACCACCCAAAGAAAUCCACCGCCGGUUGAAGAACCGACGUUACGCCCUUCGCAACUCGUCCCUCGUUCCCGAGGAUUCUCAGCCGUCCGCGACGUCUAGUAGUAUCGGAGCCGAAAAAUACAAGGAGACAGAUCUACCGGAGAACCCACACCCGUUAAUGCUACGCGCGGAGGGCUGCAUCCCGUUUAUCGUGUUCGUCCUGCUGUUCCUAGGCUUCAUCCCGGUAUUUCUCUUCACACCAGCAAGCGCGCUUACCACCAAAGCACCUUGGGUCGUGACUAUGCUCGCCGUGUGCAUCAAGCUCACCUGGGGCAGCCUCGAGACGGCUAUCCGCAUGAUGGAGCCGUAUUAUAUCCUCUCCAAGCGACAUGCACCCGCAAAGACUCUGACACUAGAUUACACGGCAAUGCCGUUCGCAGUCGUGGCCGCACACGCGCUGUUCAACCGCCACUGGACCGUGUUCGUUGUCGGCUUCGGCACGAUCCUCGUCGAGGCGCUGACCAUCUUCGCAACGAGCCUGGCCACCGUCGAAGGCAAGGAUUUCCUGUCCAUCCUGAGCCAAGCGGACCCUGGCAACGAUAAGUUCUUGCAGAAGGGGCUUGGCUCGGGAUCUGAGACCGUGCUUUCGUUCUCCGUGAUCCUGGCCCUGACCGUAGUCAUCUUAACCUACCUGAUCGUGGUCGCGACUACGGUUUUUAUCCGCAGAAGACACCCGUUCCUCCCCCGGCAGCCGAACACGAUAAGUUCCGUGCUGGCGUUCAUGCACCAGAGCAAGAUGCUGUACGAUUUCGUCGGCACGGCCAAGCUCGAUAACGCGCAGAUGCUGGAGAGGCUUGAGGGGCUGGGGAAGACGUAUGGGCUGGGUUGGUUUGAUGGACGCGAUGAUAUGCCGCACCUGGGCAUCGAGCAGGAGGAGCUGACGGGCAGUUAUAAGCACGGUGUUAAUUAUGCCCAGGGCAAUAAGCCGUGGCUUACUGAGUGGCAGCUCUUCUGAUGGGCUUGCGGAUGGGUGUAACUGGGGGUUUUAUGUGGCCCUUUUUACCCCUUUAGGAUUUGCUGGUGGCAGUGGUGAUGUACAUGGCAACUGAUGCAUCGUGUACAGAUGUAAUCCUUAAUGACCUAAAGGACUAGGUAUCUGCUAACACUCAGCAUUUCGAAAGCAUUACAAAAAAUAUAGCUAAACAUUCAUGAUGAUUUGUUUUGAUUCUGUGCAUGUUCAUUUGGGCUCUUGAAAAGAUGCUUUGGUUCCUGACUGCCUAAAACUCAUCUUUUCACUACAUACCCCUGAUUACUUAGGCAUUUA